AUGGCAGUGCAUCACCGACCUACAUAUCGGCUUGAUUCGGCGUGGGCGAUUGGGGAUUUUGGAUUAUCAAAGGCUACCCUCCUCAUCGAGGGUGACAGUGGACUGGGAGUUCUUGACGGAACAGGCAGCGGCAAACUCGAUGGCACAGGUGGCGAUGGUCUCAGAUUUCUCAAUGGCUUGGUGGCAAUGGAGGUGAAGGUGACAGCAUCAGCUUCGUUCAGGAAUCUAUGGACCACCAUGGCCCAGGUGUGGCUUGAGCAAGUGGUUUCUAGGAUAUCGGUUGUGUUUGAGAAUGCCUAUGAGGUGUUCAAGCAAAUGCCCCCACGGCGACACAAGCAAAGCAAAUCACGUUCUGGGCUGCAGGGGCAUCUUGAGGAGCUGCACAAGGAUGAGGAGCUCUGCAUGGCCUAA